UGAGCCGCCCGCCCUCGGGGGAGGUGACGCUAAUGGAGCUCGGAGACGGCGUCGAGUGCGACGAGCCGAUGGUGCCGGAGGUUGGCUCGGAGGAGCUGCGCACGCUUCGCCGGGAGGCGCUUCUGACGGCCGGCCAGCUGCGGGAGCUGGUGGACCUGCUGCGAGCCAGCCAGGCAGAGCCGGAGCCGGCGCCGGAGCUCACCGAGAUAACACCGGCGACAUCAGGCUACCAGCACCAGCAGCAGACUCAGACCCUGGAGCAGCUGGAGCAGGAGGUGACCCGGCACAGCCACCAGCUGGCUAUGAGGGAGAAACAAUGCAUAGCCUUACAAGAAGAAAGGGACGUAUUGUCCACCGAGCUGCAAGAGGCGUACGUGGCGAAAGAUGACCUCGUCCGCAAGGCGUGGGAGGCGCGGGACCAGGCCGUCCGCAGGAAGAGCGCCGCUGAGCUCGAGCUGGCUAAGGCGCGCAUCGACGUGCUACAGACCAACUCGCAGCUUCUCGAGUCAAUUCAGCACAAGGUGCGCCUCUCCUGCCAGCUGGACCAGUGGCAGUCGGACAUGCAGGAACUUCUCGACGCAGAGAUUCAGAAGAAACUCAGUCGCACCGAACGGAAAUCCAGCACCGAUCCCAGUACAACGUCCGCACCGCCGCCCAGGGGACGCAUAUCGAUCAUGCGUCUCUUCGGUCGAUCGUAGCGCCGCGCGGCGACGUUUCACUAAGUUAUCGUUGUUUUCUGUUCGGCUAGAUGGCCAUGCCGCAAGCCGCGUAACCACAUUGGCGUGGGCCCAACGACUGGUGGUAUCUGUGAUAUAGUGAUGGGAGAUCUGAUAUAAUGGACAAGUGAGCUGCACACUUUCAAAUAUAAUCAAUGAACUACC